UUUGUGAAAAUGUUUUAUUACCCCACAGUUUUGAGGCGUCACACAGGAUGUUUCUCUACAGUCUGGCUGGUCGCUACAAAAGGCAUCAGAGUGACUCGCCGGGAUUUCCUAAAGGUCAACGUCAUCAGCACCUGCGACGACAUCAUGAGUUACGUGCUGGAGCAGGUCCCGCCACCUCGGCCUGAUCUGCCACGACCUCGCUUCUCCCUCUACCUGUCCUCGCAGCUCCAGUAUGGCGUCAUCGUGGUCUACCACCAACAGUGUGCUAUCUUCCUGAAUGAACUUCAGUCCAUCGUGGGCCAGCUGCUGAAGCGGAGGACGUCCCAGAACAUUGAUAUGGAUGUGCAGAGCAGACACGAUCUGGACUUCCCCGAUGCCCUGUCUCUCCUGGAGAAUGCAGAGGGAGCUCCUGACCCUUUCUUUGGAGUGAUGUUCAUGCAGGACGCCAUGCCCAGCCCCAAUACACUGAUACGGAUGGGUCAGGGGUAUCUGAGAGAGGCCUCUCCAGAGCAUCCUGAGCUGAUUCCUCCAGCUGCUGCGGCUGCGGCUGCGGCUGCGGCUGCGGCUGCGGCUGCAGGAGAAAACGGCAUAACUGCAUCUCCAGACCACAUUACUCUGAAAGAGACGGAGCCUUUCACCAUCCCCGCCGCAGAGUUUGAGGGCGAGGACCUCGUCGAUCAACAUCCAGAUACUAUUGCUAUGCUCCUGGCUGAACCAGGUCACUUUCCUGAAGGAGAUCUGGAGAUGCGAAGAAAGGAAGCGGCAUCAGAAGAGCGGGAGACGGAGUUAGAGAGGGAUGUCAGAGAUGAAGUCCUGGAGGAGGAACAAAGAGAGCUGAUGGGAACCGCAAUUGACUUACAGCCCAGCACUCUCCCCAGUGAGGACGCCACGCUGCUGCCUGAGGAGGAGCCGGUCCCGUCUGUGGAGAAGCCUGGACCCCCCUCAGACCAGCUCACCCCGGUCUCUGUCCCCGUCCCUCCCUCGCCGCCGUCUGGAGCGGAGGAACGCCAGCGACCGGCUCCACAGCCAGAGGAUGCACCUCCUCUCGAGGCGAGGACGAGGACGAGGAGGAGGAGGCAGCUGAUCUUCGUCGACCCGGAGACGCAGAUCCCUGAGGAGGAGAUGCACCAGCAGAUCGACGACCCGCUGACUGAGACCGGACCUCCUUUUCUUGUACCUUCCUCUCAGGGGACGGUCCCAGCCGCUGAGCUCCUCAACAACCCCUGCACCUCCUUGCCAGAAGAGGUGCUGUUUCUAUGGAAACGGGCUGCGAUCAUCAGACCUGACAUGGGCUCGGACCUGCAGCUCGGGGAGAGAGGGCCCGAGUCCACCGACUCUGAGAGGGAAAGAGAGCGCGAGAUGGUCGAGGCGGCAGACAGAGAGGAGGACAGUCUCAAGCUCCCCCGGGAGGUCCCCAGAGAUGAGGCCGAAUCACUGUUUGAUAUUUCAGACCACGGCUCACUGCCGCUGGAGGGCUCCGACCAAAGGGAGGGGUCUCGAGAGAUCAUCUCCCCCAUGUCCACGUCCGAAAGAGAAGGAUCCGCUGCCCCCAGGUCUGUCUCUGUCCUGCAGGACAUCCCAGAGGUGGAGGACAUGUUUCCGGAGAGAGCUGCAUCGGAGUUUCCUGGGCCGCUGCCGGAUUUGCCCGAGCUCGAAGAGGAACCUGUGCUGUUUCAGUCUCUUCUGCCGCCAGAGGCCAACCGCCAGACUGUCAGCAACAUCUUUAAGAGGCUCCUGGUGUUUGUAUCGGCCAGGGAAAUCCACGUGGAGCAGGACGUGCCUUACGGUGACAUCAAGAUAUCACGUGGACUCAACUACAAAGCGGUUCAUCAGACUCUGUGA